AUGCCCAAGACUAUCGGAACGCACAGUGGCACCUUCCACUGCGACGAGGCUCUGGCCUGCUACAUGCUUCGCCAGCUGCCCGAGUACAAGGACGCCACCAUCACCCGUUCGCGCGAUCCGGCCACGCUUGACGCGUGCGAUAUUGUCGUCGAUGUUGGCGGUGUGUACGACCACGAGAACAAGCGCUACGACCACCAUCAGCGCGGCUUUGACGAGCAGUUCUCUGAGAAGUUCAAGACCAAGCUCAGCAGCGCAGGUCUGAUCUACAAGCACUACGGCAAGGACGUGAUAACUGCUGUGCUUGAAGGAAAGGUCAGCGAGGUCGAGGCCGAGAUCCUGUACCAGAAGCUCUAUGAGGUCAUGAUCGAGGGCAUCGACGGUAUCGACAACGGUGUGUCGCAGUACCCGGAGGACCUGGAGCCUGCAUACAAAGAGUCGACAAACCUGUCGUCGCGUGUUGGCCGCCUUAACCCGUGGUGGAAUGAGCCCGAGGGCGAUAUGGAUGCGCGGUUCACCAAGGCUAUGGACAUGGUCGGCGAGGAGUUUUAUGGCCGCGUGCGCUACUAUGGCCUCGCGUGGCUGCCGGGCCGCAAGAUUGUCGAGGAUGGAAUCAACGGCCGGUUUGAUAUUGACCGCAGCGGCCAGAUCGUGCUGUUUGAUCAGUUCUGCCCGUGGAAGGAUCAUCUGCACACGAUCGAGGAGGAGAUGCUGGCCAAGGACCCAGAGGCUCCUAAGAUCCUCUACGUGCUGUACCCGGAUACUUCCAACGCGUGGCGUGUGCAGGCUGUGCCAGAGAAGCCUGGAGCCUUCACGUCUCGUCACCCGCUGCCUGAGGCAUGGCGUGGUGUGCGCGACGAAGCUCUGUCGGAGCGCACUGGCAUCGAGGGAUGUAUCUUUGUUCACCAGGCCGGAUUCAUUGGCGGUAACAAGACCCGCGACGGUGCCCUGGAGCUUGCUCGCAAGGCGCUGACUAUGGACUAG